AGUUAGAAAACUGGCCGGGCUGUAUCUGCGGGCGGAGGAGAAGAGACUGCUGGGGAUUUUCUUCUUGUUUAGUAGCGGCGGGCGCCGUCGCGGAAGCUGGCAGCAUGAAUGUUGGAGUAGCCCACAGUGAGAUGAAUCCCAACACACGGGUGAUGAACAGCCGAGGCAUUUGGUUAGCUUACAGCAUUUCUGUGGCUGUGCUCCAUAUCAUCUUUCUUAGCAUUCCCUUCUUCAGUGUCCCCGUGGUCUGGACUCUAACUAAUGUUAUCCAUAACCUGGUGAUGUAUUGGUUUCUCCAUACAGUGAAAGGAACUCCCUUCGAAACAUCUGAUCAGGGCAAGGAUCGCCUACUCACACACUGGGAGCAGAUUGACUAUGGCACACAAUGGACAUCCUCCCGCAAAUUCUUAAGCAUUUCCCCAAUCAUCCUCUACAUUUUAACCAGCUUUUAUACAAAAUACGACCCCGUGCACUUCAUAAUCAACACCACUUCGCUCCUGAGCGUCCUCUUGCCCAAAUUACCCCUAUUCCAUGGGGUCCGUCUCUUUGGUAUCAACCAGUACUGAAGCAGAAGGAAUCUUGGCAUUGCUGAGACGUUAAUCCUUCCAAAGAAAAACUAGUUCCAAGAAAGUGUGGACAAAGCUGUGGUUGCAUCACCCCGGACUCUCUGGAACCAGGUUUCACUGGGUGAGGAAGGGCGAGCUGCCACUGCUCAAAUGACUGGGCAGUAUGGAGCGUCCUUUGGUGUUUCUGGCAAGGAAAUCCAAGCCAUUUUUCUUGCGGCUAGUCUACACUAGGGGUGGAAUUCUCUGGUGGAAUGAAACAAUAGUUGAAUUGUCAUGUGAACAUGAGUUCUCUAGCUCUCCUGUGUAAAACUCCUGCUUUUGCUAUUUGUAGUGGGGGACUGAAAUCCCUUUCUGGAAGGGAUCUCAUGUUGCUUAAGAUCACCUUUCUUUGGUUUGAAAACAUCUCUUUUUCAAAUGUGGUUGUGCUGCUAUAUUUAUAGAGUUUCCCCACUCAGGAAAAUGAAUUUGAACUGUAAGUAUGUGACAGGUCUCAUGCCUACUGUUCUAAGCUGUGCAAAUACUAUAUUUUGUAAAUACUUGCAUGGUAGGAACAUAUUAGCAUAACUUUGUUCAUUCCAGUUGAAUGCAAAGUAUAGAGUACUCCCCCUUGCACUGUCCCUCUGCUCCCCCCCCUUUAAAAUAGGUCUUCUGGUUAGAAAGGAAAAAUGUAAUGCAACACUGAAGUUGGAAGAUGCAAAUUAAAUUAUAUGAUCAGUCAGUGUUCUGCACUGCUUUUGUUCUUUUAUCAGCCCUGCUUAUACCAGCCCCAUGAAAUUGUCAACAUUAAAAGCUAAAAAGAUAAUGAUACGUCCAGAUGACUUAUUCAAUCUGUGUAUGAACCUUGUUUGUUGUUAGUUUCUAUCAUAGUUCCCCAGCUUGUAAAAAAAAAAAA